AUGUGCCCCUCCUCAAUGCAGGACGUGGCUGUUGGCUGCCACAUCCCAGCCAGGCGCCCUGUCACUGCCCUGGUUCUGGAUCAGGUUAAUCCUCAGAAGCGCCAGGAUGCACACGGAUGGGCACAGGCAGGAUGGGACGUCUGCGCUGCCGCCGGGCGGGAAGGAGCUGCAGCUCCCGCGCGCGUGGCUGUGGAGGAGAACGGGGCAGACCUUUUCCACCAGCCACUGGCCUCUGUCCAGCCCUGGCACUUCAGGCUGCUGGCCGCUGUGAUGCUGGUGGUGACUGCGCUGUCACUGGUUGAGAACCUGGCCGUCAUCCUGGUGACUUCCAGGUUCAAGCAGCUGAGACAACCCAUCAACUACAUGAUCGUCAACUUGUCCGUGGCUGACUUUCUGGUCUCCUUGACUGGUGGCACUAUCAGCUUCUUGGCCAACCUGAGAGGUUAUUUUUACAUGGGACACUGGACUUGUGUGCUGGAGGGAUUCGCCGUCACCUUCUUUGGCCUUGCUGCCCUGUGGUCGCUUGCUCUCCUGGCCGUGGAGCGGAGCUUCGUGGUCUGCCUCCCACCAGGCAGCACGUGCCUUGCGGGUAAGCACAUGGCCCUCGGCAUCGCUUUCGUGUGGAGCUUCUCUUUCAUCUGGACCAUCCUACCCACCAUGGGCUAUCACUGCUAUACAAGUUACUCUACAAACAAGAUCACGAGCUGCACACCUGAAUUCACUGCAAGGGAUCAUGCAAGCCUUUAUUUAAUGCAUCUCUCAAUAUUUAAGGAGGUGAUUGCCUUUUACAGUAUAAAUUUGGCCUCAGUGAGCUUGAACUCUUGA